GCCUGUCUGAAUGGAGAAAAAAAUUAAGUUGACAUUUAAUUUUGACAGUUCCAAAAAAACAAUCAAAAUUGGGAAAAGUACAUAUUCACAGAACAAUUACUGCUAAAGAAUUUUAUUUCAUUGAUUAUUACCUACAUAAAUAUAAUAAAUAUCAAAGUCCUUUUACAUAACCAUAAUGAGUUUUGUAUCGCCAAUAAUUUCUUCGUUAUUCACACCAUGUCCCUAAAGGUUUUUUCACCUGUUGAGUUACUGAACUUAAAAAUAAAAUAUAUAAAAAUGUUUAAAGCAAUUAACAUACAAUAGAUCCGUUAUUUAGAUAAUUAACAAUCUAAGAGCACCGAUUACUAGUGUUUGGUAAUGUGGUAACAUACAUACAAAAUGGUACGAAGACAACGAGAACAAAGCACUACAGAGGAUGAAAUCGUCAUUGAUACACCACCUUCUAAAAAACUUAAGAAGCACAGGCACAAAAAGCACAAGAGAAGAAAGCUACAAGAUGAGUUUGAUAGUGACACUUCCAUCGAUGUAUCAUAUGAAGAUAAUUUGGAUAAACCCUAUAAAAUAAAAUUAAAAGGUGGGAGAGAGUUGCCUGGAACAUCAGCUGCCGAUCUCCUCAAAGCACAAACAAUGAAAUCUGUACCAGAUUCAAGGCGAUCUUUGCCUGGAUCUUCCUCAAGUACUCCUCCUAAAGUAACUUCUAAAAAAAAGAAAAAGGGACGGGAAAGUGGAACUUCUAGCGAAGAAGAAAGAUGGCUGGAUGCCAUAAAGUCUGGAAAACUUGAGGAGGUUGAUGAGGAACUAAAGAAGAUAAAACCUAAAGAUCCUAAAAUGAUGACAGCAAGGCAAAGGGCCAUGUAUGAGAGGGGAACAGAUAAAGAAACCAGCCCUGGAGGUGAAGUACUACUCGCCCUUCCCUCAGGUUACAAAGAGAAAGUAAUGACAGCAGAAGCAAUUCAGAAAGCUGCACUAAAAUCACAAAAGCGCAAACAACUUGCUGAUGAAAAACGUGAGAAAGACAAAAAGAAAACAAUGGACAGACUUCUUAAAAAACAAGAUUCUAAAAACAUAAAAAAUAUGCAUAAGGGUAAACCCAUCAAAAAACAGGAGCCCAUGAUUGUUUAUAAAAAUAAUAUCAAUGAAAUUUCCUUGGCUCUGCCCAUUGGUAUUGAAUUCCCAUUGGCUGUGAAACCUCCAAUAGCAGCACCAAAACCAAUUAUCUGUGGAGCUGAUGGAUGUGUUAAUUUAAAAAAAUAUAAUUGUUCUAAAACUAGCAUACCUCUGUGUAGUUUAGAAUGUUAUAAAAAGAAUUUGAAAAAAUAAACAAAAAUGUACUUUUAAUAAUGGAA